AUGGAUUCUCACGUCGCUGCCGCCGCUGCACCACCACCGCCACCCGCUCUUUCCUUUCCCGCCGCUGCUCAGCUCACCCCCUCCAAGAAACGCAAUCACGAAGGAGAUAUAGUGCACCACUCUGCAUCCGUCACCUCUCCGGCCGGCCAGCAGAGCAGUCCCUUGACUGCAGACCGAUCUCCGUUCGGAACGCCCAACUUCAGUGAACGCAGUACCCCAUUGACCGACCUCGGUGCUACUCCUGUCCUGAGCCCGGCCCAGCACACGACCAUGGCCCCCGUCGACGGCAAGAAGCGAAAGGUCACCUUUGCCGAGAAGGAGGCCGACAAGGCCAUCAAAAAGGCCGAAAAGGAGGAAAAGGAGAAGCUCAAGGCCGAGGCCAAGGCCAGAAAGGACGAGGACAAGAAACGCAAGGAGGAAGAGAAAGAGGCCGCCCGUAAGGUUCGAGAGGAGAAGAGGAAACAGAAAGACGUGGAGAAGCAGGAGAAGGAGGCGGAGAAGCAACGCAAGGAGGCCGAAGCGUUGAAGAAGGAGAAGUCACAAAUGAAGCUUGGUUCAUUCUUUGGGCCUCCAGCGGCUGCCUCACUACCCACGGCUGGUGAUCUUGGGGAUGUCUCUCGUGGCACGACGCCUUCCAGAAGAGGUUCAGUCACCUCCGUCGACAUCGACCACCCUAUGGUUGAUAUCAAGGAGUCGCCGUCAAAACGAAAGAACCCUGGCUUCGACGAUUGGAUUCUGCCUUUCUUUGUCAAGGAACAUAUGACAGUCGCACCAAUUAACCGCUUUCAUGCGAAUAGAGCCGCACUCGACAAUGCUUUUCUUCCCCUCAACCAAGACAACACCCCUCAGACACUCAGAAACAGGUUUCGGAGGCGCCGGCGGACAAGACCUGUGAAGCCUGUAAAAGAAAUCUUGAACGAAAUAAACGACUCGAAAACUGUUUCUAUGGAUCUCCCGGACCCUGCAAACAUUCUGGCCAACCUUCCCUACAAGUACUUGUUCUUCCACGAAGAUGUGCGGCCUGCUUAUCAUGGGACAUAUUCAAGAGUUGUGUCUCCACGAAGUACACGAAAACUUGCCGUCAAUGCCGGCUACCGAGGAUUACCGGAUACGAACUACGACUAUGACAGCGAAGCAGAAUGGCAAGAACCGGAAGAAGGCGACGAAGAAGUGCUAGACGAUGAUGAGAAAUCCGAAGACGAGGAUGGCGACGAAGAAAUGGGAGAUUUCCUCGAUGACGAAGGGGAAGUUGCGAAACGUCAGCUAAUUAUCGGUGAUAUGGAACCCAAAUGCAGUGGACUAUGCUGGGAAGGGGAAAAUGGGUCACAGGAUGGCAACGAUUUGUCUUUGUACCGAAUGGACGUUCUGCACGACUCGACAACUUUUCCGAUUGAUCCUUAUUCAACGGAUCAUUGGGCAGAUGUGGGGAGAAAGAGUCCGGUCAAGCGAGAGGAAAAGCCACAAACUCCAAUGCAGCCUCCUCGUCUACCACUGAUGGCAGUCGACCCAAAUAGUGGCAAUCUGGUCCUCCAGUCCGGUCUCCUGAGGGUUGCGUCCAACGAAGGGGUAUGCGAAAACCAAUCCCAAUCGUCCAAAUCGAAAGCGAACAAGGCUUUGGGGAGGCCGGUCAAGACUAUCUCAGCAGAUUUGUUGCCGGCGUUCAGGGAAGCAGUCUCGGGCAAUACCUUGACCAAGACUGGAUUGAUUGAGGUGCUGAAGAAUCAAUUUCCCAAAUGUUCCAAGGAUGCUAUUAAGCAUACUCUGGAAGAAAUAGCGGAGAGGAGAGGCGUCAAGGAGGCUGACAAGAAGUGGGUAUUGAUUGGUUGA